ACUGUUUCAAGCGACGCACACCGGAAAUACACGUACCAAGCAGCAGCAGAAACCAUAGAUAUCUAUGGCAGAAACAGCGGCACCAACACAUGUCGUUCCUCCGUUGUCUGCAUGUGUCAGCUGGGAUUUUUCUGCCAAAUCAGCGGAGUGAUUUUUCUCGAAUUUGAAACUUUGUAGAACCAUUUCUUGACCUGAAGUAUUUUUUCUUUUUUCUUUUCUUUUUUACCGUUGUAGUCACUAAACCAAUUUAUCUGUGUCGGGAUGAGAGAAUUAACUCACACAAAGUAAACGAAACAGAAAGGUGUGAAGGUGUUAAGCUCCGUUUGUGACGGUGAAAAUGGGGAAGAAAAGGGGGAAGGACAAAAUCUCUGAGGAUGAUAACAUUGACCUUACAGGUCCAUCCUGCAAGCAUAUUAAGAAGGGAACAGAACAAACUCUUUUAAAGAAACUCUCUGGGAAUUCUGAUUGGACUAGUUGCCAGGACUGUAAACAGGAAGAAAAUGAAGAAAAUAAAGAAAAUAUCAGCACCAUCGUACCACAGGACUCUGAAGAGGAAAAAGAAACGGCGCCCAUAUGGAUGUGCUUGAAAUGUGGUCAUAGAGGAUGUGGAAGAAACUCUGAGAAUCAGCAUGCCAUCAAACAUUAUGAGACGCCGCGGUCAGAACCACAUUGCCUGGUGGUCAGUUUGGACAACUGGAGUGUAUGGUGUUACAUAUGUGAUGAAGAAGUCCAGUACUCCAGAACUGGACAUUUGGCUCAGCUGAUUACUAACCUAAAAAAGCAAACCUCUGCAGAUUCCAAGAGGCAGCCGAGAAAAGUAAAGGAAGAAGACAGCCUGUUGGAAGCUGAUCGGAAAACAGAUAUUGUGAAAACAAAGGAGAGUGAGGAUGAGGAAAACAAGCUCAACCAAAAGAAAAAUGUCAAAAAAGAGAGUGUUGGAAAAUCACAGAAGUCUGGUACAUCUGAAGACAAAGGUGGUGUUUCAGUAAAGGGUCUGAGCAACCUUGGAAACACAUGUUUCUUUAAUGCAGUCAUUCAGAAUCUCUUUCAAACGCAUCUUUUAAGACAGACUCUCAACAAAGUGACAGAAGAGAAAAUUAGUCUUAACAUUCAACCUGUUGCUUCCUCCAAUCUGGAGCCUAUCACCAUGCAGUUGGAGCAGCCAGGAUCCCUGACUUUGGCUAUGUGUCAACUACUCAAUGAGAUCCAGGAAUCCAAGAAGGGUGUGGUAACACCGCGGGAGCUGUUUACACAAGUUUGUAAAAAGGCUGCCAGGUUCAAAGGAUUUCAGCAGCAAGAUAGCCAGGAGCUGCUUCGCUACCUUCUGGAUGGGAUGCGAGCUGAGGAAAUCAAAAGGGUAAGCUCAGGGAUCACAGUGGCAUUGAAAGAAUCUAGAAAAGGCACGGAUGGAGAGCAGCUGAAAACAUUAGUUAAAGAGUACGAGAAAAAUGGACUUCCAAAAAACCUUGUUGACCAAGUUUUUGGUGGUGAGCUGACCAGCACUAUAAUGUGUCAACAGUGUAAAACGGUGUCUGUAGUCACAGAGAUGUUCUUGGAUCUUUCCCUUCCUGUUUCCGAUGAGGCAUACAGAAAGAAGAACCAGAAAAAAGCAGUUCAGAACAUCAAGGAGUCAAGCCAGGAUGGCAGAAACAGCCCUGCUUUGACGAACGGGAAUGAUGACAUUCCCAUUGGGUCCGGCAGCAAGUACCAGCAGAAGAAAGCCAAGAAGCAGGCAAAGAAGCAGGCAAAGCAUCAAAAGAGGCAGCAAAAGAUUGAGGGCAGAGUCACUCUGGACAGUCUGUCAUCGCCAAGCAACACAGAGGGCGAACACAAUGAGCCUACUGCAGAUGGGGAAAAUGCUGACAAUGAAACGCAUGAAGACAUCCCACUAGAUGAAGGAAAUCUGACUCAAGUCAUUGUGUCUGAACAGGACCAGGAGAACCUUGACACAGUCCAGGAUGAAAAGGAGAAAGAAGAGGAUGAGGAUUCAGUGAUCGAGUGCGACUCAUCAGCUACAUCCUCACUCAGCAACCGUUUUACCGUCUUAUCAGAGGAGCAGAACUCAAAUGAAAGUGUCUUGGAGGAUGACAAAACAUCUGACGUGGAUCUGGAAGGAGAAGAAGACUCACAGCUGGUGAGUGAAAUGGAGAAAGUAACCCUGGAUGAUGCCUUCAUAGAAGAAUCCAACGCUGCGGAACAAAGCAUGGAGAUAGAAGAUGAGCCGCUAGAAGCUAAAGAGUACACUGUAGUAUGUCAGGACCCAGAGCUGGCCUUCCAAACUCUGGCUGCUAGGAUGACCCCUGAGAAACAGGAGUGUUCAGUCCAGUCCUGCCUUUUUCAGUUCACAGAAGUGGAAACCCUCACACAGAACAACAGCCUGCUAUGUGUCACCUGCACUAAACGGCAGCCAAACAAAGACAAAGCUGGAGGCUCCAAGAAGAAUGUCUACACUGAUGCCUUGAAGCAAAUGCUGAUCUCCUCUCCCCCACCAGUACUUACCCUUCAUUUGAAGAGAUUCCAACAGAACGGAUAUAGUAUUUGUAAGGUGAACAGACAUGUCCAAUUCCCCCUGAUGCUGGAUCUCGCUUCCUUUUGUGCCAUUAAAUGCAAGAACUUGACAGAGGGAGAUACUCAGAUUUUGUACAGUUUGUACGGUAUCGUUGAGCACAGCGGAACAAUGAGGUCAGGUCAUUACACAGCCUACGUGAAAGCACGACCUGAAUUCCCUAAAGCCUCGUCCAACGGAUUUGCAGCUGAAGGACAUGCAGAGCCACCCGGAGGAUCCUGGUUCCAUAUCAGCGACACAAGCGUCCAGCCUGUGAGCGAGAGUAAAGUCCAGAGUUGUCAAGCCUACCUCCUCUUCUAUGAAAGAAUCCUAUAAUCGAACAGUGCCUCACUACUCAGGAAAUCCAAACUGGCCAACCUGCUGCUGCUGCUGCUUUAGCUCCGCAGUAUAAGGGACCGCAAACAGAAUGAAAUAGAAGGGACAUUUGACAUUGUUGACACUACAUUACAAUGGUGUCACAGUUUCUCAAAUAUGAAAUAGGACUAUCUGUACGUUUCUCACAAUCAUGGGAGUUUGGCAAUGUGUGCAAUGAAAGUCAAGAUGGACAUUGAACAAGUUGUGUUAUUCGAUUUGUAUUCAUGAGAGAAAACAAUUUCAUGGGAUCAAUAAGCGUUGGUAGGAAAUAACUUUUUAAAAUAACACAUAUUUAUAUGGCUAUUUUUUAUCAGUGUCAUGUAAUAAAAUGCCUCAAAAUGAGAACAGUUUCUCCUUUUUUU